ACACGCACACACGCACACGAGCAGAUAAAUAAGUUAAACAGGACUGUAAUGUUUGAUUAUAAUGUUUGGGGGGGUUGAAGUUAUUCUGUGUUAAUUGUGACACUCGGUAUUGUAUCAGAAGAACAUUUUUACAGGAAUGUUUUAGCUGCUUCAAACUUUUCAGCAGCUAAAAGUGCUGAGAUAAUCAGAUGAUCAGAAGUGUAAACAACAACUGCCAUGAUGCCUUACCACCACUCAAACCUAUUUCCAAGGUGCUCCAGGGAACAUUUAACCGCAUACUUUAUGAAGGUUUCCAGUGUUGGUUUCAGAACCUAUAUGGCUCCAAAAUGUUAAAAUGCUUUGCUGCCUACCCAACAUGGAUAAUGUGACAGACCCCCCCCCCCAAAAAAAAUCUCAUAUCCCGAUAUAAAACAUUUCUCAUCCUGAUAACGAUCCCAAUAUAUCACAACAAUUUUACAUUGUCUGUAAUUUCAGUGAAUCUCGGGCAACUCGACUUGUGUCGAGUGUUUUCAGCUAGUUGUCAUGUACCUGGAGUCGAGUGUUUUGACCGAUGCAUAAAAAUAUAUAUUUUUUGGACAUAAGUUGUAACAGCCAACAUGUUUUUGUAAGUAUUUAUUACAUGGCGCGCUGUGGAGAAAAGCCUGUUCUAAUGUUUAAGUGUAAGGUUUAUUUUUUAGCAUAUGAUAGCUCUUUUUGGCUUCUCAUCCGUAAACUCUCUCCAUACUCUUUCACAUGAUUCUUGCGUAAGUAUUAGAGGAAGUUUGUUGUGUUUGAGUCUGUGGUUGGAACCUGUUUGCGGUCUGUGUCAGACUUUUCAUAACCAAACCAUUUCCAUACUACAGAGGUAGCCCCUCGUUUAGGAAUAGGGUCCUCGAUUAGUUUUGACUGGUCCUUCCGUUUGGAGCUACCUGGUUCUGCCUCAUCUUCACUGGCCAUGCUGGUAUUUUCUGUGCCUGCGUCCACGUGUUGACUUGAUCAUUAGAGUGCAACAGGAAACAGACCCAUGUCAUUUCACAUCAGUGCAGAGAUCUAAUACAUACUGAGAAAGCACAAAGGAACAUCAUUUUCUUACACCUCCCUCCUCUCACAAUGCAGCUGCCAGGCCUUAUUGGUUUCAUUUCAGUAUUGAUUCUGGCUUGUAAUUCAAAAGUUGCAGAUAAAGAAUGGAAAAUAAAUGUCGAAAGAACGAUCACAGCACAACCUGAAUCAACCGUUACCAUACACUGCAACUUUAGCUAUCCACAGGAAUACCACACUAAUAAUGUUACAGUUUUAUGGAAAAUGUCAUCAGUAAAGGACCAAAGUAAGUGCAAGGAGGCCAAUGACAAGAGGGCAUUUGUUUUUCACCCAAAUAAUGACUGUGUGCAUGAGGAGUACCGAAACAAGACUAAGCUCGUCGGAGACCGGAACAAGGGCAACUGUUCUCUCCAGAUCACCAACAUCAGACAUAGUGUGCAAAAGAUCUAUGUGAGAAUUUAUGUGGAGGAUGAAAAAUACAGUUUCAUCAAGGACCUUGUCAGUGUCUCAUUUUCCAUAAAUGGGACAGAGGCUUCUAACCCAGGUACCAAUUCAUAUACCCUUUUAACCACUGAACCAACAAUAACAAAAGCAAAUGAAAACGACACGAGCCUUGCAACAAUACUGUCUGUAGCCAUCCCUGUAGCAGUUCUUGUGGUGAUUAUUCUUCUUGUUGCUGGGAUAUUUAUUUUUAUAAAAUACAAGAGGUCACGCAGUGUCACCAGGGAGGACUCUGGAUACUAUGCAAACUUUAGCAGAGCACUAUCAAACCCACCCAAAAGAGAAGUCACUUGUGACACACAAGCUAAGAAGCUGCCUGAAGGGAAAGCUAUUGAUGAUCCUGUUUACAUCAAUGUCAAGGCCCCAACAGGUCACAUGGCUCCAAACAGCAGUUCUGCAGACAAUAUAUAUGCAAAUGUGGAUUACAGAACUUAGAAGGAAAGCUGCAUGUCAUUAGUGUAUGAUGCUUUCUACACAUGUUCAUGUGUAUGUAUUACUAUGUGCCUCUGUACAUUUCAGGCAGGUCUUAAUAUUUUUUGUCUUUUUUGAGAGUGUUCACAUAUGCACAAAAAAAUCCUGACUAGUUGCUGUGGGUUCAACUGAAGGAUGAAAGUGUGACAACACGCUAAAUGACCAAAAAAAACCAAAAACCUGCACAGCAUUGCAAAACAAUGAUAAUUCCUUUUUUGCGUACUUGGGAUUGCAGACCUUCAGAUGGUCAGACAAAAAUGUUGUUUCAAAACAUGAAUUUAUGUAACAAUGAUAUAGCAUAAAAUCAGAAGUGAGAUGUCAGUGUUAGAGAUGGGGAACAGUAGGCACACAGUAACAAUAAUCUUUCUCCAACCCUAGCCACGUUAGUUUUGUCAGAAAGAGUCUUCUCCUAGCCUUACUUGUGGCAUAUUGUGGAAUGGGAGAAUACAAACCUGUUGGGAUUGAAAAUUAGGAAGGAUUUCAUUUUUUUUCAAAUGCUUUGUUUUUUUUGUUUUUUUUUAAAGAAAUCUCCCAUUGCAAUGUUCUUGCCCGGUUUGCCUAACACAGGCAAUAUACGUUGGUGAGCAUAACAAAAUGUAACCAAUACAGAUGACAGCAACUUUGCCAAAUAGUUUGUAACAAUAAAUAAAAACAGCAACUUUAUUAAUAUA